GUCAUGACACGCGCGCGCGUGCGCGCACACGUACGUCGCUAUGCGUACGCAUGAGGGGGGGAGGGGCACGUAAACAGAGAAUUCCAAAAAGGAAGGGAGUGUUUCUUUCAACUGAUAAUCCAGUAAAUCAAGGUGAGAAUCAUGCCCAUUCGCCGAUCAGCUGCAGCCCCGCCCAAAGAGGAUGCACCCCCUGCAAAAGCCCCUGAGGGAGAUGCUCCUGCCGAAGGGUCUGCAUCUGUAGGUGAGAAGGAGAAGGAAAAAGAGAAAGAUUCAGCACCCGCUAAACCUGAAACCACAGAGGAAAAGAAAGAAGUUGAAGAGGAGGAGGUGACCGCUGAUGGUGAGGAGCAGUCCAAAGAUGAAGGAGAAACGCCUAAUGAGGGUGAGAAAUCUGAAGAAGCAGCAGCUGAACAAGGGAAGAGCAAGAAGAAAAAAGUCAAGGAAGUUGUAGCCAAAAUUGACAAGGAAGAUGACAAAGGGAAAAAGGUGAAAAAGAAGAUUCCUGCUUGGGCGACCAUUUCCGCCAACAAAAUGGCUUCAACCUCUCUUUCCCAGCCUAAAGUUGAAGAAAUCAUCAUAGAAGCAAUUGAGAGUUGCAAAGAGCGGAGUGGUGCCUCAACGAUCACCAUUGUGAAAUAUGUCAUGAAGAAAUAUCCAUCUGUGGAAAUGGACAAAAAGACCAAAAACCUCUACAAGAGGGCUCUGAAGCGAAUGGUUGAGAAGGGCACUGUCAAACAGCUGAAAGGCAAAGGCUUCUCUGGUAGUUUUGCCAUUGGGAAGAAGCCAGCUGGGUCUGCCGGGACAAAAGAGACGCUGGGAGAGUCUCUGCCUCUGAUCAUCACCCGCCUCUGUGAACCCAAGGAGGCUUCCUACAUCCUGAUCAAGAAGUACCUGGAGCAACACUUCCCACAACUCAACGUGGAUAGCAGGCCUGAUGUGUUGAAGAACUGCCUGCAAAAAUCUGUGGAAAAGGGCUACUUGGAGCAGAUCACUGGCAAGGGAGCUUCUGGAACAUUCCAGUUGAAGAAAGCUGGGAAUAAAGUGCUUAUGGGUGGCGGACUGCUGGAAGAUGCCAUAGUGGCCGCCAUCACAGCCAUGAAUGAGCCCAAGACCUGCAGCAUCACCAUACUGCGCAAAUUCCUGGUGGAGAGACAGAAGGAGCAGAACAACUAUUUUGUCGUGUCAAACCUGAAGCGAACCUUGCAGAAGUGUAAAAUGAUGGGAUGGAUGGAGCAGAUUUCUGGUCAUGGACUCAGUGGGUCAUACCAACUAAGCUAUCCGUAUUACCCGAGCCCAGCAGUUCUGUUUCCAGAAAUGAUGAAGAAACUUAAACAGAAGGAGGAACAGAAGGGUAAACGCAAGAGAGGUGACGAUUCUGAUGAAGAAUCCGAAGAAGAGUCAGAGCAGGAAUCUGAAGAGGAGGAAUCCGAAGAGGAUGAGCCUCCUCGAAGAAAGAGGACUCAGCGUGCAAACCGGACAUCUGCGUCUAAGGCUCGUCCAAAUAAAAGGGCUAAAACAGUCAGCAGAAAACCUCCUGCUUCAAAGAGAUCAGUUGCGUCGGCCAAGAAAGCCCCUCCACCAGCCAAGAAACCAGUAUCUGCGAGCAAAACCGCAUCUAGAAAGGCACCAGAGCCUGUUAAAGCCACACCAGUCAAGAAAGCUGCCCCGACCAGUAAACCUAAAACACCAGUAGCCAAAAAGAUGACAAGCAGGGGGUCCAAACGGCCGUCGCCCAAGGCAGCUAAGAAGGAGGCAACUGAAUCAGCUGUGAAGGCUAAACCUGCCGCCCGCAAGUCACUCCGAGCCCGGAAAUGAAUCCCGUGCUUGCCGAUGGCUGAAAAGAUCAACUGUAGCUCGGUAGACUGCAGUACUGGCUAUUUUCUCCUCUUAUUUUUGUAGGAACUUCCAUGUUCUCCUCGUCUUGGGGCCUCUGAUGAAUAUAGGACCUCUUCAGAGUUAUUCUGCCAUUCAAAUACAGGCAUUUAUGUUCAAUAUUCUUAAAUUACAGAUAAAGAUAUAGCGUAGAAAUGCUACUGUUUGUGUUAAGAUGCUCAUUCAGGUCGCUGUUAUGAGAACAUCUAGAAGGAGCUGUUCUCAGUUGUGUAUCAAGAAAAAAAUCAAUUAUUUAAAGUUCCUGUAGUCAGUCUUUCUGUAGAGGCAAGCAUUUCAGUUAUUCAGUCGCCCCUUUCUCAUCAGUGUUCAAGAAAACUCUCUUUGUAAGUUUUAGUUCUAUUUUUUGGGUCAUGUUUUGUGAAGUUAGGUCUUUAGCUACUAUUGUAAUCAAGAACAUUUUGUCGAUGUUGGUUCUUUCGUGUAAAUCGAAGCAAAGAACGAUUAUUGAUGCCUAACUUUCAGUUGAACAGUCUAAAUGAAUGCAAAAUUGGAUUUAUUAAGAUGCAUUAAAGAAACAUUGGCAUCCAUAUACACAACUGUCUUUUUGUUCUGUAUAGUCUACGAAGAAGAAUAUAAGUUGAAAAGAUUUUCCAAGCAGAUGUUUAAGACAUUUGACGCACUACUAACCCGGUCAUACUCUUGUGUGUUAGUUUAUCAGGGGGGUUAGAUGUAAUUUUAUGAGCAUUGCUCACCUUACCCUGCAUGCAUGUAACUGAUAUACUUUUCUGUAGUCCUUAAUAAAGUGACUAUAUUUGUACUUCA